AUGAGGCGGAGCCCCCGCCCGGGCUCGGCCAAGUCCCCUCACAAGCACACGUCCAACUUCUACAGCGACAACAGCAACAGCUCAGUGAGCGUCACCUCGGGGGACAGCAGCGGGCAACGGUCAGCUGGGCCGGGCCCCGGGGAGCCUGAGGGCAGAAGAGCCCGGGGCUCGAGCUGCGGUGAGCCCGCCUUGAGCGCAGGAGUGCCCGGAGGAACCACAUGGGCUGGAAGCUCUCGGCAGAAGCCUGCGCCUCGGAGCCACAAGGGGCAGACCGCCUGUGGCGCGGCAACCGUGAGGGGCGGGGCCUCGGAACCGGCUGGAUCUCCCGUAGCCUCUGAGGAGCAGCUCGACCUUCUCUCGACCCUGGAUCUGAGACAGGAGAUGCCUCCACCGCGCGUGUCCAAGAACUUCUUGAGCCUGCUGUUGCAGGUGCUGAGCGUGUUGCUGUCCCUGGUAGGAGACGCGCUGGUCAUUGUAUACAGGGAGGUCUGUUCCAUCCGGUUCCUGCUCACAGCUGUGUCACUGCUGAGCCUCUUUCUGGCAGCACUCUGGUGGGGGCUGCUGUACCUGGUUCCUCCUUUGGAGAAUGAACCUAAGGAGAUGCUGACUCUAAGCGAGUACCAUGAGCGUGUGCGCUCCCAGGGGCAGCAACUGCAACAGCUCCAGGCCGAGCUGGAUAAACUACACAAGGAGGUGUCCAGCGUUCGUGCAGCCAACAGCGAGAGAGUGGCCAAGAUUGUAUUCCAGAGGCUGAAUGAAGACUUUGUGAGGAAACCCGACUAUGCGCUCAGCUCUGUGGGGGCCUCCAUUGACCUAGAGAAGACAUCACAUGACUAUGAAGACGCAAACACUGCCUACUUCUGGAAUCGCUUCAGCUUCUGGAAUUACGCGCGGCCGCCGACAGUUAUCCUGGAGCCAGAUGUGUUCCCUGGGAAUUGCUGGGCUUUUGAGGGCGACCAGGGCCAGGUGGUGAUCCGGCUACCAGGUCGAGUGCAACUGAGUGACGUCACCCUGCAGCAUCCACCACCCAGUGUGGCACACACUGGGGGAGCCAACAGCGCCCCCCGAGACUUCGCAGUCUACGGCCUACAGGUUGAUGAUGAGACUGAAGUUUUCUUGGGGAAAUUCACCUUCGAUGUGGAGAAAUCAGAGAUUCAGACUUUCCACCUACAGAAUGACCCCCCAGCUGCCUUUCCCAAGGUGAAGAUCCAGAUUCUAAGCAACUGGGGCCAUCCCCGUUUCACAUGCUUGUAUCGGGUCCGGGCCCAUGGCAUGCGAACUUCAGAGGGGGCAGGGGACAGUGCCACAGGGGAACCCCAUUAAACAUGCUGAUUGUUGGAGUAGA